ACUCUUACCCCGCCAUAACUUGGAGCUAUUUUCCCUCGCAAACUGUCACUCUACCAUUCUCCCCUUUCCUCAUUUCGGCGCGUUCACUACUCCCAAAUCGCUGUCACAGCCAUGGCUUCCGAUUCUCCUUCUCCGAGUUUCAACAACGGUCCUUCAUCCCCCGACGAUUCCAAUUCCAGCCCAAUCGGCAACACCUUUUCCUCUCCCGGCCAGAGACGCCGCCGCCGCUCCACCACUCCAUCAGCGUCCGGUACCCCGCCGCACCACCGCUCCCGAUUCGCCUCCGAUGCCACCCCAACUCCCUCGCGCCUCCGGCAAAGAGGCGGCGGCGGUGGUGGCGGUGUGCCCUUCACGCCCACCUCCACCUCCGACGACGUGCCUGUCUUCUCCGACGGCGGCGAUGACUUCGACAUGGACGAUGCCAGGCCUACUUAUGUCUGGGGCACCAACAUAAGCGUGGAGGACGUGAACAACGCGAUUCAUAGGUUUCUGAGGGAUUUCAGGGAAGCAACUACAACUACUGGUGAUGAUGAUGAUGACGGGUUGUUGUUGCACACUGAAGGGAAGUAUGAGAAGUUGAUCAGGCAGGUUAUUGAAAUCCAAGAGGAUUCUUUGGAUGUUAAUGCGCGUGAUGUGUUUGAUCAUGACCCAGAUUUGUACACCAAGAUGGUUAGGUACCCUCUUGAAGUGCUUGCGAUUUUCGACUUGGUUUUGAUGAACAUGGUUAGCCGAAUGAAUCCCAGUUUCGAGAAGCACAUUCAAACUCGGAUUUUCAAUCUUAAAACCUCCACAUCAAUGAGAAAUUUGAACCCCUCUGAUAUUGAGAGGAUGGUGUCACUCAAGGGAAUGAUUAUAAGAUGUAGCUCAAUCAUACCUGAAAUAAGGGAAGCUAUAUUUAGGUGUCUUGUGUGUGGGUUUUGCACUGAACCAGUUGCUGUAGAAAGAGGGCGGAUUACUGAACCUACUUUAUGCUUGAGGGAAGAGUGUCAGUCCAGGAACUCAAUGACACUGGUUCACAACCGAUGCAGGUUUUCAGAUAAGCAAAUUGUGAGGCUCCAGGAGACUCCUGAUGAGAUACCUGAAGGAGGAACACCUCACACAGUUAGCUUGCUGAUGCAUGACAAGCUGGUAGAUGCUGGAAAGCCAGGUGACAGAGUUGAGGUGACUGGUAUUUAUAGGGCUAUGAGUGUCAGGGUUGGGCCAACUCGGAGAACUGUCAAGUCAUUAUUCAAGACGUAUAUUGAUUGUCUUCACAUAAAGAAAUCCGAUAAGUCCAGGAUGCUGAUAGAGGACACUAUGGAGGUUGAAUAUACCCAGGGAACAAAAUCAGAAGUUACCUUUGAUGACGUAAAGGUGGCUAAACUGAGGGAGCUGUCACAAGACCCGGAUAUAUAUGAAAGACUGACAAAGUCAUUAGCGCCAAACAUCUGGGAGCUAGAUGAUGUGAAGAAAGGUCUUCUUUGUCAGCUUUUUGGUGGCAAUGCUUUGACACUGGCAUCCGGCGCUAGCUUCCGUGGUGAUAUAAAUAUUCUUCUCGUUGGUGAUCCUGGGACAAGCAAGUCCCAACUACUUCAGUACAUACACAAAUUAUCUCCACGUGGCAUUUACACAAGUGGCAGGGGGAGUUCUGCUGUUGGAUUGACUGCUUAUGUGACCAAAGAUCCUGAAACAGGAGAAACUGUUCUUGAGAGUGGUGCUCUAGUUUUGAGUGAUCGUGGUAUCUGCUGUAUAGAUGAAUUUGAUAAAAUGUCUGACAAUGCCAGGAGCAUGUUACACGAGGUUAUGGAACAACAAACUGUUUCAAUAGCGAAGGCAGGCAUUAUUGCUUCCCUUAAUGCUAGGACUUCGGUGUUGGCUUGUGCAAAUCCAAGUGGGUCACGAUAUAAUCCUCGCUUGUCUGUCAUUGACAACAUACACCUUCCUCCCACUCUUCUGUCCAGGUUCGAUUUGAUCUACUUAAUCCUUGACAAGGCUGAUGAACAGACUGACAGGCGACUUGCCAAACACAUUGUUUCCCUCCACUUUGAGAAUCCUGAUAACAUGGAGCAUGACGUGUUGGACCUCUCUACACUAACUGAUUAUGUUACCUAUGCCCGAAAGUACAUACACCCACAGCUGUCUGAUGAAGCUGCUGAAGAAUUGACUAGAGGGUAUGUGGAAAUAAGAAGAAGAGGAAAUUUUCCGGGGAGUAGUAAAAAGGUGAUAACAGCAACACCAAGGCAGAUUGAGAGUUUGAUACGCCUUAGUGAAGCAUUGGCUCGGAUUCGCUUCUCAGAAUUGGUUGAAAAACGUGACGUGAUGGAGGCAUUUCGGCUUUUGGAAGUUGCAAUGCAACAGUCUGCAACGGAUCACUCUACUGGAACUAUUGACAUGGAUCUUAUUACUACUGGAGUUUCGGCAAGUGAAAGGAUGAGACGGGAAAGUCUGCUACAAGCAACGCGGAACAUAAUCAUGGAGAAGAUGCAAAUUGGGGGACCAUCCAAGCGGUUAUUGGAGUUAUUGGAGGAGUUGAAGCAGCAGAACACUGGAAGUGAAAUUCAUCUUGCUGAUGUAAGGACUGCAAUAGCUACUCUUGCCAGCGAAGGAUUUAUUACCAUGCAUGGUGACAGUGUAAAAAGAUCAUGAUAAUGAGGCAGGGUCAUCAAUGGUGAGUGGACUAUCUGAAAUUUAAGGUGGCUAAUGGUUAGUUUCCCGCAUGAAUUGUGACCUUUUUAGCUAGCAAUUCUAUAUCCAAUGGUACAUGUUUCAUAUAUGUAUAAUUUAGACAGUUAAUUUAUAUGGGUGCGUGCCCUGUGGUUAUUGCAAUUUCGGUCCAAAAGGGCAAGCUCUUCUUCC